UCUCUUUUUCUUCUUCGCAGUCCGUGUAAAAACUUUUCUCCCCUUAAUAUUCAUAACGAUCGCAGCAGUCCACCGGUUCGUGUCCGCCGGAUGAUUUCGCCGCCCACUGUCUCGGUGGUCCGGCACGUUUGUUAAAGUUUAUUUUUCCGUUUCUCCUGGCGGUCGUUUAUUACGUACGUUCAUUUAUAUCGAAUUCCUCGUCGCGAGACCGGAGCCGCGUCUUCUGCAGCUUUCGUUUUGAAGCGGACCGACUUUGCCCCGCGCGACCGACGGCCAGGCUCGCGCAGGCAGAGGCGCCAAACCCGCCGCUCCUCUUCGGCUCGCCGUAACCGACAGCUCCGGUGACGCGGAAGAUGAUCGGUGUAACCGAGCUAACUAGCCAGUUAAUAAGCAGCUUAAGUACCGCUAGCUACGCCACAGAUCUCCCGUGUGUUUUCUUGCUCUAAGUCGAUAAGUUUUGUUUGUCGUAAUGGGGCGUGUGCCGUGCGGUAAACAGGCGAAGCGGCUAUGCUAGCAGGCUGCACGGCUAACUCCUCUCUCGGUUCCCCGCUUUAAGCCUGGUCUGCUCGCCUGGAACCCGGACUAUUCGUUAAUGUGGUUUAAGUCACCAUACGGCGACUUUUCACGUAUUUAUUUUGGCGACUAAUCAACGAAGUUGGCGUGGUUAGUGCCACUGUUUUGCAUACAUGACAGCUGCGGUCGCCGUCCUUUAGCCUGUGUUACUAGCGCGAUUACGGGUGAUACUUGCACUUUUCUUUUUAUUUUUUUAAGAAAUAAAUAUCGGCGUUUGACAUCGCUGGUGAGCCGGACACUGACAGUUUUCUCCUUUUCUCCCGUCGGUUUGACCUGCAGACCGACCGUAUGCAGCUGACUCCGGGGUUGCGUUACGGGUGACGGUCACGGACGGACUCUGGAAAUGACCCAGCUUUUCCGCUUUAAAUAGGGACAGGAAAUGGAUAGAGGUGGACUCGAACACAGCAAUAACUGGAAUGAGAGUUUGACUUUGGACCAAGGGGAAGCAGGAACCCUAGCGUCCUUGCAGGAUAAAGCACAUGGCACUAUGUCUGCUGCUUCAGCCAAGAGUCAAAACUACCUGCCCCUGAAGAUGAGCGCAGACUUAACCUGCCCUUCUAUGCCCAUGGACUCGUCUGUCACUGGAAUGGAUCCCAUCCCCUUCUCUCUGAAAACCGAGGAUUACUUGACGCUAGAUAAGCCCAGGAUGGAUGUGCCGCAGAAUUCCUUCAUUCACGAGGGAAAGGACCCUGAUGUGUGCCAUGGGCUCUUUGGUGACAACACGAUGGACAUCCUGCAGGAUUUUGAUUUGCCGGGCUCUCUUUCUGAGCUGAAUGACUUCUACGUGGCAGACGAUGCCGCUCUGCUGUCCUCCCUCGGUGUGGAAGACUCCCUUUUGGCGGAUGUUGGCGCACAGAAGGAAGCCAAGACCAGCAGCCAUGGAUGCGGCACAAGCAUGAACGGGGAACCACACCCAGAUCCAGGGGUUUCCACGCUCACCGUCAAAACGGAGAGUGACGGCUGCCUUAUCCUGAGCACCCCCGGGGUGAUUAAGCAGGAGGCUGACGCAAAGAGUUUCUGUCAGGUGACUGGGCCAGAGGUUCUUGGCUCAUUCGGCUCCCUCCUUUCGGCGAGCGCCGCCGGUGUUACGGCUGCACCGACCCACAGCUUUGCCACUGGCGUGCCAAGCUCAGUUAGCUUGCAGCAGCCAGACCAGAAGCCUGUCUUUAACCUGUAUCCCCCACUGGCUGCCAUUGGCAAUGGCUGGAACCGGGACAUCGUCGAGGCCCGGGGUGGCAGCGAGGCCGGUUCUGCACCAACGGCUUUCCACAUGGGCGGAAUCAGUUCUUUGGGAAGACCUGAAGCCAGCAAUUCAGCACCAGUCCCCCCUGCAAAGGCCAGUGGUUCAACCCACAAAACCUGCUUGGUAUGUUCUGACGAAGCCUCUGGAUGCCACUAUGGCGUUUUGACAUGUGGCAGCUGCAAGGUUUUCUUCAAAAGAGCUGUUGAAGGAUGGAGAGCACGGCAAAACACUGAUGGGCAGCACAAUUAUCUGUGCGCAGGGAGGAACGACUGCAUCAUCGACAAGAUCCGCAGGAAGAACUGCCCUGCGUGCCGCUUCCGGAAGUGUCUGCAGGCCGGUAUGAACCUAGAAGCGAGGAAGACCAAGAAGCUGAUCAGACUCAAAGGGCAGCGCCCCCCAGUGGAGUCUGCCCCGCCGGUGCCGGAAGAAUGGACUCAGGCCCUGGUGCCCAAGUCCAUGCCUCAGUUGGCUCCCACCAUGCUGUCCCUGCUGCGGGCCAUUGAACCCGAGACCAUGUACUCCGGCUAUGACAGCACCAUCUCCGACACCUCCACCCGGCUGAUGACCACCCUCAACAGGCUGGGCGGGCGGCAGGUCGUCUCGGCCGUCAAGUGGGCCAAAGCCCUGCCAGGCUUUCGAAACCUCCACCUGGACGACCAGAUGACCUUGCUGCAGUACUCCUGGCUGUUCCUCAUGUCCUUCAGCCUAGGAUGGAGGUCCUACGAGCAGGCCAAUGGCAGCAUGCUCUGCUUUGCGCCCGACCUCGUCAUCAGCCGGGAACGCAUGAAGCUUCCUUACAUGACGGACCAGUGUGAGCAGAUGCUUAAGAUCUCCAACGAGUUUGUGCGCCUUCAGGUCUCCUAUGACGAGUACCUGUGCAUGAAGGUUCUCCUCCUGCUCAGCACAGUACCGAAGGAUGGACUGAAAAGCCAGGCCGUGUUCGACGAGAUCCGAAUGUCCUACAUCAAGGAGCUCGGUAAGGCCAUCGUUAAACGCGAGGAGAGCUCCACCCAGAACUGGCAGAGGUUCUACCAGCUCACCAAGCUUCUGGACUCCAUGCAGGAGAUGGUGGGAGGGCUGCUCAACUUCUGCUUCUACACCUUUGUGGACAAGUCCCUCAGCGUGGAGUUCCCUGAGAUGCUGGCUGAGAUAAUCAGCAAUCAACUGCCCAAGUUCAAAGCCGGCAGUGUGAAGCCGCUGCUCUUCCACAAGCAGUGAGGGGCCCGGAGGAGAGCCGCUGCAAAGGCACCCACACAACUUCAGGACAGGGAAAAUGGAUCCGUAAACAACACACACAACCUUUUUUUUUUUUUUGCUUGCCAGUUUCUUGCAACAUAGAGGUUAAUUAAAAAUCCAAUUUUACUUUAAUCAAAGAAAGGAAUGUUGUAUAUUGUUCAAAAGCUGAUGUGCAUGCAGACCGCCGAGAUGUUUACAGACCUAUAUGAGAAAAGGGGAACGUGCCUUUUGUUUCUAAAGUGUAGACAGACAAAGCCUUUUUUUCCCACUCUCUCCCGUCUGGAAGUAUUUUUCCUACAUGGUUGAACUUCAUACCUUCUGUGGUUUUUUAUAUUGCACUAGCAGUUUCUUACUACUUAAAUUUACCAUCUUUGUUUCCCACAGUGGGCAGCUCAGUGAAUUUUAUGAAUGGUGCACAAGAGACCUCUGGGUAAUGCUGUACAGGGCCGGUGGGAAGGAUUUCACCCCACCCUGACAAUUUGAUGGGUUUGUUUUCGUGCUUUUGGAUUAAAGCAGAGUUUUCAGUGGUGGAUAGUGUGAGUGGAAAACGAGAGAGAGAGAGAGAGAGAGAGAGCGAGCGAGAGAGAGAGUACUUAAUUGGAAGAAUGAAUUGACAUAGCUUGGUUAGAUAAAAUAGUUCCUUUUUCCACAAGCUCAGUAGAAAUACCUGUGGCACUGCAGUGCCAGCUGUGAGUCGUGCCGUAGGUCUACAGAAGCGUUUGCGUUUCCAGAUUGCGUGGUACUUGCCUGUUUUCUCUGCCUGCUGGUUGAAUGGGUGUGCAUGGUGGCAUUGUGGUUUUUUGGUCGCCGUACGCCGUUCUUAAGCUAUUCCAGUGUCACAUUCGGCUUCUGGUAUGUUUCCAUUGCAGAUCAUCAGAUCAUUUUUAACUAAAACGGGCUUUCUGAUCUACUGGUAACAAUAAUAGUUCACAUCAGCCAUUAGCACCACCAUGAUUCCCAGUAAGGGAUGGUGUUGACUGGUUUAUGGGCUCCAUGAUACUGGCUUUCCCGAAAAUCACAAAAGUUGAGUUUUUUUUUCUUUUUCUUAAUUCACUGACAGAAAAGAAAUACGUUUUCGUUAAAAGUAGUUUUCGUUAUGAAACGACUUCGAGGUUGACUGUGUGACAGGAAGGGAAAAGAAACAUUUAAAUGCACCGUUGUAAAACCAUAAAAUGUGAAAGAGGGCUGUGAAUACUUUCUAAAGGCACUAAACGUAUAAAUGUUAUGAAAAUGCACCCCCACCCACGUCUGAUCCUGUCUGUCCGUUUCACUUUCCGAGUCGAGGUACGGAAGUGGCAUGUCAGGUUGUAUGUAAUCUAAUUAUGCCAGUUAGCCACGCGUUCUGAUCACUUCCCAGUCUUUCUGCCUCCGAUUUUCUGCCUGUAAUACAUUUGUGUUAUUGGUGAAGUGUAGUGGUGGUUUAGCACAGGUAUUAAAGCGUUGAGUAUAAUUUGGGAGGGGAGGGGGGACAUGCUGAUUAAUGCAAGACAGUGAAGAGGCCGACGUGGGAGGGUCUGAAAUACCCCGACCUCGUCAGAUCUGCUAAUAAUGUACAUAUCCAUGAUUAAGCGUGUGCACAUUUCUGUCUGCGUGCUUUGGUGAGGGGGGGCGGAUGACAAUCAGUGUGGGGGUGCCGCAGUUUGCUGUGCAGCUUUAAGCUAAUGCACUUAUUCGCAGAGUGUAAGUGGCUGUUUCUCUGCCCCUAGUGUGAGGUGAAGCCUCGUGCGUUUGGACUUCAUAUAAUAAGUAAGGAAAAGUCUCUUUUUUUUGUAAUGGAAAGUGAUUUUUUUUUUUAUUUAUCUUUUUUGGUGGGGGGUGGGUCUGGGGGUGUAAUUUUUGUGCCAUACUGUUUUGUUACUACUAUAUAAAAUGUAGAUAAACGGCUGAAUAUAAAUAAUUUUUUUUUAAAAAAAAAGGUAAAAUGGUGUGUAAUCAGAGCCCUUGAGUUUGGGACUGGAAUACAUAUUUAGUAAGGUGACCUUGAUCAGUGAACUGAACAUUACCCCCGAUUAAUUUGCUAAUAACCUCACGCAGUUAAAUGCUACCAUGCCUAGCUGGCCCUUCAGUAGCCCUGUGCUAAUCAGGAGUGGCUCAGUGGCACUGACCAGGUUCCCCAGCCGACAGCAGAGGCUCCCCCUCCCAGCCAGUUUUAUCCCAGUGGGACCACAUGGUUAAAUACAGCGGAACUAACCAUGUCUGGUGGAGAUCACUGUGUAAAAGAUGUGCUUUUUUGGGAAUUUUAUAAUUUUUUUUGUGACGCUGGAAUGUAGCCAGCGAGCGCGCAGAAAAUGGAAGCAGUAUUUCUGCCCCAGUUGCUCCGAUGCUUUAACUAACUUCUGCUUCACUACGCAGUUCUUCUGUUCUUGCACCUGUGCGGUUACUUUCACAUACAGUGUCAGGGGUGUUUGUCCAGCAGGAAGAUGCCCGUCUUAGAGCGGCAAAGACCAACAGUGAACUGAUGAUAUGCUAAUUGUAGGACUGCAAAAUAACUUUUUUUUUUUUAAACAGACAUUUUCCUCCCAAAAAAACACAUUCAGUCAAUUUUAACAUAUUGUGAAAUGUUCUUAGUGGUGGCAGUGUUGAUUUCGGUCCCGUUUAUUGAAUUUUGGAUGUUCCGCAAUUCUGAAAAAAUUAUUCUUUGCAGAAAAUGAUUUUAAACAAACAAAACUGACUUGUAAAUUACUGUAAAUACUCAAUCCUAAUGGAAACCUUUUGGCGUUCAAGUUGUACAAACACAAAUUAGGGGGAGGGUAUUUUUUUUUUUCUUUUUUUUGUUAAAGUACAAUAGUGACCAAAGCAGAAAAUGGAAGUAUUCAUGAGCAGCUGUUUAUAGGAGAACCUACCAACAAAAGUACUUAUUUUUUUUAAGUAUAUUUUUGUAAUGGGUUAGGCUUUGGUCCCUUGUAAGGUACUGUGAAGAUUAACCAGUCUGUUCUAAAAUGCAUAAAACUGUGUGUGAAAGUAAUCUACACGCUACAGCCUGGGCAUUUGCACUAUUAAAAAAAAAAAGUAUAUUUUGUAUAUGAUACAUGCAAAUAUUAUAUAUCUUUUAAAAUUAAGGGCAGAUCAUACAGUAUAUGGCUUUCAUUAAAGUCUAUUUUGUUUGUAUUUCAGUUAUUUUAAUGUAAUGCAAUGUAAAGGAUAUACAAUUGUCUGUUUUAAAAAUAGUUUUCUAUUCUGUAUCACACCCCUUCUGAAGUCUGUUGAUCUUUCACUUAUUUGAUUCAAUGUUGGGUUCAUUGUGUCUGGUACUUUCUGGAAACUUCUGCAGUUCUCAGCUAGGUAGGGCAAUCGUUGUAAGUGAUAGCAAAUGGUUAGCUUAAUAACUGUCAGUUGUAAGAAUUUUAAGCAACGAUCAUUCUUUUAAUAAACUCACUUUUAUAUUU